CCUAACAGAAACCGGCUAACCAAGCAAACGUGAUCGGAAUUGAAGGCAAGGCAGCCAUGGACAACGAGAGAAUACCUCGGACAGCACGAUUUUUUUGGACUUCAAUGCAUGGUUUCUACUUGGAGCCUGGCCCUGAGGCGAACCGUACGCCUAUGAGUCUUUACGGUGCCCACUGCAGAAUGAUGAGAGAUCGGAACCCUAACUACUACGAGGAAGAGCUCCGGGCUGAGCGCCAGAUCAACGUACCCCCUCUCCGUUACCCUUGGAUAGACCUGACUCCAGGUGCCAAGGCUGAAGCUGGACGGCCUGCUAUCAAGCACCCUCACAAGAAGUCAUCAGCAGUUGUUGUUUCUGUUAAAAUACUUGGAGAAGUUGUGGUGAUGUGCUUGAGGCCCGUCUUAGCUUUUGCAGCACUCCUUGUCAAGCGUCUGGUCGCCACUGGUACCCAAGCUGAAACUGAAAGUGUUGUUGAGAAUCCCAACUCUGCAUCAUCAGCAACAGCUGCUUCUCCUGUCAUAUAGAUCCACUCUGAUAGUGCUGCGCUUUUGACUAUUUGGCUUGCUAAAACUUGAACUUAACCUUUUGUUUACUAAAAUGUAAAUGCAUUGGCUUUGACCAUAUGGCUUUAUUGUUAUAUGUUUAUAAUCCGCCCACUCCGUAAUGUUAUAAUUAUCAAGUCCCCC